AUGUCGGAUGGUGAAGAUGGUGCACAGCCUCCUCCGGUGAGAGUGAAGGAGAUUGGGUCAACCACUGUAAGGUGUCCGAUGCUCACACCAACAAAUUACACUGUCUGGUCCCUACGUAUGAAGGUGGUGCUUAGAAUUCACAAGGCUUGGACAGUGAUCGAUCCAGGAACAGACAAGAACGAUGAGAAAGAUUACCUUGCAAUAGGAUUGUUGUAUCAGGCAAUUCCGGAGGAUUCAAUCAUGCAAAUCGGAGAUGUGGAAUCAGCUAAGGGACUCUGGGAAGCGAUUAGGGAGAGAUAUGUAGGUGUUGAUCGUGUUAGAGAAGCUCGAUUGCAAACCCUAAACGCUGAAUUUGAUCGAUUGAAGAUGCAGGAGUCUGAAACAAUUGAUAGCUAUGCUGGAAAGCUAUCUGGAAUCGCGUCCAAAUCAGCAGCCCUUGGAGAAACCAUUGAUGAAUCGAAGUUGGUAAAGAAGUUCCUCAAAACUCUGCCCCGAUCGAAGUUCAUCCAGAUCGUUGCCUCCCUUGAACAGGUGUUGGACUUGAAAUCUGUUGGCUUUGAAGAUGUAGUGGGAAGACUCAAGGCGUAUGAAGAAAGAAUAAAAGAAGAAGAGGAUGACGGAGGAGGUCAGGCGAGAGUGAUGCUCACUAAAUCAAUAUCGUCUGGCUAUUGUGGAUCAUCGGGGCAUCAGCGAGAUGGAAAAAGAAAAGGGAACUGGAAAGGGAAUGAUGGGUCGAGUGGGUUUAACCAGGGAACCGGAUUAAAUGGUGGGUCAAGUGGAUCAAGUCCAAAUGGGUUUACAACAAAACAGGCCCAAGGUGGGGAGCCCAAUUCUAAUUCCGAUUUAUCACAAUCUAAUUCCAACAAUUGCAAAAAUUGUAAUUGUUGUUGUGACAAAAAUUGGAAAAAAUAG